AUGCAUCUCAUUGCUCUAAACAUACCAGACUUGCUUCUUGGACUGUGGCGGGGCACACUAGAUUGCGAAAGACCUGAUGAUAGGUCAACUUGGGACUGGGCAGUCUUACGAGGUGAAACAUGGAAGACACAUGGUGAGGUGGUUGGGAAGACACUUCCAUACCUUCCUGGCUCAUUCGAUAGGCCGCCUCGUGAUCCCGCAGAGAAACUGAACAGUGGAUAUAAAGCAUGGGAGUUUCUGCUUUAUAUAUUCGGCAUGGGGCCUGCACUGUUCUACAAUGUCUUGCCUGAACGAUACUGGCAGAAUUUUUGCCAACUGGUGGCAGCAGUUCGAAUACUUCAUCAGCGCAAAAUCACACGAACACAACUCAAGCAUGUGUAUCAACUGAUUCUGGAGUUUACGAAGACCUUCGAGAAUUUAUACUACUGUGCUCGGCAAGAGCGCAUCCACUUCUGUCGCCAAAGUAUACAUGCAUUGUGGCAUAUAUCUUGGGAGGUUAUUCAUGUCGGACCUCCUGUCUAUUACACACAGUGGACGAUGGAGCGUACAAUUGGGAAUCUCGGAGAAGAAAUCAAGCAGCCAUCAAAUCCUUACAAGAAUUUAUCAGAGCAAGGGCUUCGACGUGCACAGGAGAAUGCUCUGAAGGCUAUGAUACCUGCACUUGCAGAAGGCAAAGAUGACACAGACACAUAUCGUCUUCCUCGUGGUGCCAUUGAUAUUGGUGGUGGUUAUACCUUACUACGUGCAAGAGAAGAGGUACUACACCACAUUCCUGGCCCUGAAGCGGUAGCCUUUCAGCGCUUUUUGUCAAAUGCUGAUAAUUUCACUGAAGGUUGGGAUGGUAAAGCCACAAAAUGGGCACGUUUGCGCCUUCCAAAUGAACAGAUUGCAUGCUCAGCAUGGAAGGAGAACCUGAAACCCUUGAACAAAAUUCGAACUGCUCAAAAUGUAAAGGUGAAUACCUCCAAUGUCAUCUAUGUAUGGGACUCAUUUAUUCGAUUUGCAGAGGUCCAGUACUACUUUUGUGCCUCAGUCCAACGGCAAAUGGUUAUACUUGCAAUGGUGUCAAUGUAUAGUCAGCCUGACUCUGAUCUUCUUGAGAGAUCACAUAAUAUGGUAUGGGUUUUCAAAUAUCCUGAAUCUCUUUCCCUUCGUGUCGUUGAAGUGAAGAACAUUGUGUCAGUAGUAGCCAUGAUUCCAGUUCCACAUUCUCUCGGUAUGCCCCAAAAUGGGCAGUAUUUCUUCUUGGUAGAAAAACCUGGUUUAGAUGUUGCAUGGCUUGGUGGUGCUGUAGAGACGAUCAUAGAGGAGUAG